AUGGGAUACGCAAUUGUUCGUUAUUAUAUUCUUAUUGCAUUAUAUACAACUGCAAGGUGUGAAUUAACGGUGCAAACCUCCCAUGGUGAAAUACGCGGAAUAUCCCAAACGGCUGCGACUGGAAAGAAGGUGAAUGCAUGGUAUGGUAUUCCGUAUGCCGAAAAACCAAUUGGCGAUUUACGUUUUCGUCCUUCGAUUCCUCCACAACCGUGGCAAGGUACUUUGAACGCGUCCAAAAUUCCUCCAGCCUGCAUGCAGACUCGUGCAAGUUUUCUCUCGCAGCAUGAAUUCUUUCCUGGCAAAAAACGGUGGAUGCCCAGAAAUCCCUUGAGUGAGGACUGUCUCUACCUCACCGUGGUCGCUCCGGAUCCGGUCCCGCUAAAUGCAGCCGUAAUGGUGUGGAUACACGGGGGUGGAUUUUACUCAGGAAGUAACACAUUGAGUUUGUACGAUCAUAAAACGUUGGCGUCCGAAGAAAACGUAAUUGUUGCCUCUAUGCAAUACAGACUUGGUGUUUUCGGAUUUUUGUCUUUGGAAAGAGAGCUGAAUGGAAACGCGGGCUUGUUUGAUCAGGCAUUGGCAUUGCAAUGGAUCAAAAAUAAUAUAGCGGCGUUUGGAGGUAACCCUAAUAGUAUAACAGUUUUUGGCGAAUCUGCCGGGGCAGCGUCAGUAUCUCAUCAUUUAUUAAGUCCAGUAUCGAGCAACCUAUUCUCCCGUGCUAUUAUGCAAUCUGGCGUUGCCACUGCUGCUUGGGCAACAGAUACGGGGCUAAAUAUGGCAAACAGUUUGAACGUCGCUAAGCGGGUAGGUUGUCCAAAAGAAUUACCGUUAAUGGUGAAAUGUUUACAAAGGACAGAUGCGGACUUACUUCUUACAGCACAAGAAACAAUUCCGCGAUUGGGAUUGGUCUCCAUCCCUUUCUGUCCUGUUGUUGAUGGAAAGUUUAUCGUAAGAGACCCCUUAGAGACUCUGAAAAAUGGUUUGUACGAUCCAAAAAAUGUAAUUAUUGGUGUGAACGAAAACGAGGGGAGCUACUUUCUGUUGUAUUAUGCGCAACGUUUCAAUUACGAAAACGUUACGGUGGCUCGCGCUAGAUUUCUUGAGGAAAUUCCAAAAAUUGUGGCAACCAGAAGUCCCUUGGAAAUCGAAGCAAUCGUCUACGAAUACACAGAUUGGUCGGAUCCUAACGGCGCGAGCAAGAAUUUAGUUGCACUAGAAAAAAUACUAGGCGAUUCAUCCUUCACGUGCAGUUCAUACGAAUUUGCUAAAACUUAUUCCGAAAGAAGCAAUCUCUUUUUCUAUCACUACAAACAUCGAAGCCCUCUAAACCAGUGGCCUUCGUGGGGAGGGGCGCUGCAUGGCGAUGAAAUAGCAUUUAUUUUCGGCGAACCUCUAGAUCCGAGAAAAAAAUACGCAAGGGAGCAAAUUGAGUUAAGCCGUCGAAUGAUGCGAUAUUGGGCCAACUUUGCAAGAACUGGAGAUCCAAAUUGUGUUACUAAUCACCAAUGUCAAAAUGCAUGGCCUCUAUUUGAACCCGAUAAUCUAAGGUAUAUUAAUUUGGACGUUAACCGCUUUUCUGUCUCAAAGGAACCGGUGAGAGCUAGGCAGUGCAUGUUCUGGCAAAAAUUCCUACCAAAGGUGCAACAGUUAUCAGGUAUGAGUUUAAUUUAAACGUUUUUCUUUUUUCAGUGUCUGAACAUUGAUCAACUUUACAUUUUGAGGUAAGAAGUUUACUACAGUAUUUUAUCUUGCAGAUUCUUAAUAUAAACCAUGACCCUCUAUCCACCUCCUGGAACCGCUUUGGUACAUUCACUUGAAUAACAUUUCUAAUCGUUGAAUGUAUAUUAUUUGCAUAACGAAACCUGUUUAGAUACGUAGAAAAUGAAUUUUUAUCUCUACGGCACUGGUAAAAAUUGUACUGCAACCUGACUGCAACAAUUAAUUUAUUGUUGUAAUGUCACGGUUAGCUCAGGAAUAAAUAAACUUUCAGUGGUUCUUACCCUAUGCUGUGGUUUGAUCACUCUCAACUAAACACCCUUUGUAAAGUGAAUUGCGUGAGUAUAUUUACAUUUGUCGUGAUUUACAAUAUUAAUGUAAUUCAUUCGAAUAUAAGCUAAAAUUGUAAGUCCUAUAACGUGAUCCCGUUUCAAAUGUAAUUGUUUAUUUAAGUUGUUUACUAUUUGUAAUUAAUUCA